AUGAAGUCCUUUUCCAGUUCUGCGAUAAAUAAAACCGGCAAGAAAUUCGCCCCGAAGGCGCCUAUCCGCCGUGCGCCCGCCGCGGCGCCCGCGAGACGACCUAGUGUUGCUCAACGAUCGCCAGCCGAGCCUAGUCAGGAAGAGAAAGAGAAAGCCAAAGAUGUAGUAGCCUCCAAUCUGGCGCCUCAUGUGGCUGCAGAGCCGGAAGCAAGGGCAGUCACGGCAGUCACAGAGGCCUCACCUGCCUUGGUCACUGCGCCUACCACGGAACAAACACCCAUUGCGUUGGAUACUGCAGUUACUCCCCCAGUUGCUACCCCUACCACGGCUCCUGUUGUUACACAGAGCGUCACGCCUGCCGCUCCACCUACCGCUACACCCAUCGCCAAGCCGACUCUGAUCUCCAACCCUACUCCGAUCUCCAACCCUACUUCGAUCCCCAAGCCAACUACCAUCUCAAAGCCGACUCCGAUCCCCAAGCCGACUGCCAUCCAGAAUCCAGCUGUCCUACAGAAACGCAAUACCCCUCUCUCUGUCUCACAAUCCGCACCUGUCUCAACCGCCCCGCCUACCCCUCCUCCCACUCAACCCACCCCAUCUCCCGCCAAUGUCCCAACUACUGAGGCUCAACCUCCAUUCUCUGAGGACCAUGGACCAGAGACCGCUCUUUUAGAAUACGCCAGGAUUGAAACAGCGCGGGCCGCAGAAAACCUUGUCGAUUCAAAUGAAGCUCUACCUCAAUCUCAACCUGAAACUGAACAAGCUGCCUCAACCGAGGGUCGACCAGCAAAACGCGCUCGAACCUCAUCAACUACGGCUAUUGCGGUCCCAGCUCGGAAGAAGUCCGUAUCCGUAGCGGCAAGCCGUCGAAGCUCCCAAUCAAUCGUGCCUACUAUCGAAGGUCCAAGCGCAACGCCCAGCGAAUCCACUCUUUCGACUCCAGAUCCAACAAAGCCAAAGAAGCGAAAGUACUCAAAGGCCGGUACCUCGGAUCCAGAGGGUAACGAGAAACCAAAGCGCACCCGCAAGAAGCGCGAACCCACCCCUGAAGGCGCAGAGACAGUAGAGAUCUUGCCGAAUGUUGUGAAAAUGUCCGAGCUUUGCAAAGAUCUCAGAACUGGAAAGAAGUCCAAACGCGAGACAGAGCUACGCAAGAUUGAUCAGGCCGAAGAAGAACGGAAGAAGCAGGGCGGAACCCCUGGGCCAGGAACAGGAACGCCUGUCAAGCAAACUGAACCCGAACAGGAGAAAAGCGAACAAGCGGUCGAUUGGAAACCUCAAAGUGGUCCCAUUAUGCGAAUCGUUAACGGCGAAAUCGUGCUGGAUAGUACGUCCUUGCAGGUUGAUCGUCACGCGGAUGCCGCCCGAGCCGCCGGCGACCUCGAAGAUGUGGUGGAAAGCUCGUUCACCCGGAAGAUCAAUCAGGCCUCGUAUGGCAGGCGUACAAAGACCGAAACAUGGGAUGAGGAGUUGACAGAUCUGUUUUAUCGCGGGCUCCGCAUGUUCGGUACGGAUUUCAUGGUUAUCAGCAAAAUGUUCCCGGGCCGGUCUCGUCGUCAGAUCAAGUUGAAGUUCAACAAUGAAGAGCGCCGUGAUCCGCAACGAAUCAAGGACACCCUGAUGGGCCCGUCCGAGACCAUCGACAUUGCAACCUACUCAGAGAUGACGAACACUGUCUAUGAUGAUCCCAAACUCGUUCAGCAAGAACUUGAUGAUGAGAAGAAGCGGAUCGAGGACCAGCACGCUAAGGAGAAAGAGUUGCAAGAGGAAAUUCUGCGCAACCCGACUGGUGGUGAUUCCAAGGAUGCCAAGGAUUCCAAGAACGACAAGACGGUUGUUAAGAAAUCGCGCAAGAAGGCGGCUGUGAAGAACCAGGGAGGCGGAACAGAGGAGGUUCUGGGGUCGAUCGAUGACUUCCCCAUGGCUUAA